UGUAUAAUAAUAAUUAAAGCAAUACAAUAAACUUGAGUGUCAGUAGAGUGUCUAUAUUAGUAGAGUGUAUAUAUGUGUAACUUGGCAUAAUAUUUAUUAUAGUAAAAUGACUAUAAAACUAUUAUCACUAUUGUGUUACGCGAUUGUUGUAACGAGUAUAGAAUCAGCGAGAAUUUUAGCGGUGUUCCCAUUUCCAUCAAUAAGCCACCAAUUUGUAUUCCGUAAACUUACUCUAGGUCUUGCCAACAGGGGACAUGAGAUAACUGUCAUGACACCAGAUCCAGCGUUUCCCCAAGGGAAUGCUCCCCCAAAUUUCAAAGAAAUAGACGUAAAAGAAAUAUCCUACAAAAUAUGGCAGAACUUAUUUCAAGCCAACUACAAAGUUGAUAGGACUUUCGUGUCUUUCAGGGAAAUCAGGACAUCAGUUCGUCUAACGGGAGCUAUACUUAAAAAACAAUUUGAAACGCCCGAAAUGCAGGAAAUAGUAACAAACACAACAAGAAAAUUUGAUUUGAUACUUGUAGAAUCUAUGAUGCAUCCUGCUAUUGUGCUUUCACAUAUCUUAAAAGCUCCGUUAAUUCUCGUGAGCUCUUUUGGAGGCAUAUAUAACAAUCAUAAUAUAAUGGGUGCCCCCACGCAUCCUUUAUUAUAUCCAUCUGUUUUCCACCGCCGGCUUUAUAAACUUAGUAUUUGGGAAAAAAUAAAAGAACUCUACGAACAUUUUUUUAUCGAUUAUGCUCUGUAUUUGAAUGAAGCUGACGAAACUGCUUUUCUACGUCAAUUAUUUGGGCCUGAUAUACCAACAAUGAACGAAUUAUACAACAAUGUUGAUAUGUUGUUUCUUAACAUCAAUCCUAUAUGGGCAGACAAUCGACCUGUUCCUCCAAAUGUUGUUUAUAUGGGUGGAAUACAUCAGUCACCUGAAAAAGAAUUACCAAAUGAUCUCAAAACAUACUUAGAUUCAUCUAAACAUGGUGUCAUAUAUUUAAGUUUUGGAACCAACGUUAUGUCAGGAAUGAUACCAACUGAUAAAAUACAAAUGAUAAUAAAAGUUUUUUCCAAUUUACCUUAUAACGUUUUGUGGAAAUGGGAUAAAGACGAACUUCCGGGAAAAUCUAAUAAUAUCAAAAUAUCUAAAUGGUUUCCUCAAUCUGAUUUAUUAAAACAUCCUAAGGUGAAACUCUUCAUAACACAGGCAGGUCUUCAAUCUACAGAUGAAGCCAUCACAAGUGGAGUUCCCCUUAUCGCCAUACCUAUUUAUGGGGAUCAAUGGUACAAUGCAGAAAAAUAUGUAAAGCAUGGGAUUGGAAAACAACUGGACAUAAACAAGCUUACCGAGGAACUAUUUAAAAAUGCUGUUGAAACUGUAAUUACAGAUGAAAGUUAUCGGAAGAAUAUAGUCAGACUUCGACAAAUGAUGCAUGAUCAACCAGAAAAACCAUUAGAACGUGCAAUAUGGUGGGCGGAAUAUGUAAUAAGGCAUGGUGGAGCUAAAGAAUUAAGAUCUCCUUCAGCAAAUUUAUCACUUGUGGAUUACUAUGAAGUGAAAUUAAUAUUGCUUGUAAUAUCAGUGGUUUUGAUAGCUUUAAUUACACUUAUUUUGACUGUUGUAUUACUAUGUCGUAUAGAAUCAGCGAGAAUUUUAGCGGUGUUCCCUUUCCCAUCAAUAAGCCACCAAUUUGUAUUCCGUAAACUUACUCUAGGUCUUGCCAACAGGGGACAUGAGAUAACUGUCAUGACACCAGAUCCAGCGUUUCCCCAAGGAAAUGCUCCCCCAAAUUUCAAAGAAAUAGACGUAAAAGAAAUAUCCUACAAAAUAUGGCAGAACUUAUUUCAAGCCAACUACAAAGUUGAUAGGACUUUCGUGUCUUUCAGGGAAAUCAGGACAUCAGUUCGUCUAACGGGAGCUAUACUUAAAAAACAAUUUGAAACGCCCGAAAUGCAGGAAAUAGUAACAAACACAACAAGAAAAUUUGAUUUGAUACUUGUAGAAUCUAUGAUGCAUCCUGCUAUUGUGCUUUCACAUAUCUUAAAAGCUCCGUUAAUUCUCGUGAGCUCUUUUGGAGGCAUAUAUAACAACCAUCAUAUAAUGGGUGCCCCCACGCAUCCUUUAUUAUAUCCAUCUGUUUUCCACCGCCGGCUUUAUAAACUUAGUAUUUGGGAAAAAAUAAAAGAACUCUACGAACAUUUUUUUAUCGAUUAUGCUCUGUAUUUGAAUGAAGCUGACGAAACUGCUUUUCUACGUCAAUUAUUUGGGCCUGAUAUACCAACAAUGAACGAAUUAUACAACAAUGUUGACAUGUUGUUUCUUAACAUCAAUCCUAUAUGGGCAGACAAUCGACCUGUUCCUCCAAAUGUUGUUUAUAUGGGUGGAAUACAUCAGUCACCUGAAAAAGAAUUACCUGAUGAUCUCAAAACAUACUUAGAUUCAUCUAAACAUGGUGUCAUAUAUUUAAGUUUUGGAACCAACGUUAUGUCAGGAAUGAUACCAACUGAUAAAAUACAAAUGAUAAUAAAAGUUUUUUCCAAUUUACCUUAUAACGUUUUGUGGAAAUGGGAUAAAGACGAACUUCCGGGAAAAUCUAAUAAUAUCAAAAUAUCUAAAUGGUUUCCUCAAUCUGAUUUAUUAAAACAUCCUAAGGUGAAACUCUUCAUAACGCAGGCAGGUCUUCAAUCUACAGAUGAAGCCAUCACAAGUGGAGUUCCCCUUAUCGCCAUACCUAUAUAUGGGGAUCAAUGGUACAAUGCAGAAAAAUAUGUAAAGCAUGGGAUUGGAAAACAGCUGGACAUAAACAAGCUUACCGAGGAACUAUUUAAAAAUGCUGUUGAAACUGUAAUUACCGAUGAAAGUUAUCGGAAGAAUAUCCUCAGACUUCGACAAAUGAUGCAUGAUCAACCAGAAAAACCAUUAGAACGUGCAAUAUGGUGGACGGAAUAUGUAAUAAGGCAUGGUGGAGCUAAGGAAUUAAGAUCUCCUUCAGCAAAUUUAUCACUUGUGGAGUACUAUGAAGUGAAAUUAAUAUUGCUUGUAAUGUCAGUGGUUUUAAUAGCUUUAAUUACACUUAUUUUGGCUGUUGUAUUUGUUACAAAAUAUGUAAAAACAAAAAUACGCAGAACUAUCACAGAGAAGAAACUGAAUUAGAAGUGAAGUGAAGGAAAAGAAGUGAUAUGAAAAUGUAAGAAAAUCUUGUAAUUUAAAUAUCUUGCUAUUUGCUAAUGUAGUUAUAGAUUUUUUCUGACAAAUAGUACUAACACUAAUUAAGUACCUACCUACUGCGAUUAAUGUUUAUAUAACUCUCUCUCGAAUUCCUAAAAUAUUUUUAAGCUGACUUCUAUUUAAUAAUAAAAUAAAUUUAUCAAAAGCAUUAGAAUAAUUGUUAAUUAGUUAAAGUGCGCAUGUGCUGUAAUAUAGAAUAAUUGUGCUGUAGAAUAAUUGUUAAUUAGUUAUUAGUGCACAUGUGCUGUAAUGCAAUAUUUUUAUCACCCGUCUAAAAACGAACGGUACUUUUUGUUAGAAAAGUGCUCAACAUUAUAUGAAUAAAAUUAAUUUUGUGAGAUAAAAUAUAAUAAAUAAACAUUUAAUUCUUUCA